UCUAGUUGAGUCUGUUAUUCCCGUCGGCCCUUGUGACCGAAGUGUGUGUGUAUUUCGUUGGAGGUACUGCUUCAUGUAUUUAUUUUUUCAAAAUAAAAAAUCCAUCAGGUAAAUAUCAGGUAAAGACAGCACCAUGUCUACCGCACUGGAGAGCUAUAUCAACCGUACUGUUGCAAUUGUUACAUCUGAUGGGAGAAUGAUUGUGGGGACAUUAAAAGGAUUUGAUCAGACUAUUAAUCUAAUCCUGGAUGAGAGUCACGAACGAGUAUUCAGUUCUACUCAAGGAGUUGAACAAGUGGUAUUGGGAUUGUAUAUUGUUAGAGGAGAUAACGUGGCAGUAAUUGGAGAAAUUGAUGAAGAAACAGAUUCUGCUCUGGAUUUAGGAAACAUCCGUGCUGAACCCCUGAAUUCAGUUGUACACUGACAUCUUGGGUCAGAAUUAAGGACUUUUCACAUUUAUUUUGUUUGGUUGAUCUUGUGGUUUGAGAAUCACUUUUAAAAGGACUCGCUACUUUUUUGGGACUGUUUAGUGAGUUUUUUUAAAAAAAAUAUAUACAGAUACAUUUAAUGGAGAUUGAGUUUGUUGUUACUGAUUUUAUGCCAGCAGUCUGAAGGCUGAAAUCUUAUCUACUUUAAAAUUACUAACCAUGUAACAACCUUUAUCUAGUUAAAAAAAUGCAAACAAUCUAUAUGUCUGAGCAGUAAUGAGCUCUUAAAAUAGCAGAAACUUCUUCCUUACAUGUAAAUAAAAAUCACUUGGCCAUGAAA